UCGCUGGAAGGCAGAGUCGGGGAUACCGCGCCUGUCUGCCGGUUGCUUGCUUUGGUAUACACGCAUACCGCUCACCGCGAACGCUAUCAAAUAAUUUUGUGUUUCUCGAUCUAAAUAAAGAAACAAUAACAAAAAUGUGUGAGUGUACAAAACCAAAAAACAGUUAAAUAGAUUUGGCUCGCAAAUUCUAAAACUACUUGUAAAUAUUUUUGUGUGCUUUUAUAGUUGGAUAUCAUGAUAACAACCAUGACGUCAUUCAUAUUAUUGAAGACGAACUCUUUCCUAUUGAGGAUGAACAGAGAGGAUAACGUCGACUGGUUCCAUGGGAAAAUAUCACGAGAAUCUGCCGAGAAGCUGUUGAAAGAAGAGGGCGAAGAUGGUGUUUUCUUGGUACGUGAAAGCAACACUUCACCAGGAGACUAUGUUUUGUCAGUUUUGCACCAAGGUGAAGUAGUGCAUUACCAAAUUCGGAGGCACGGAGAGGAUGCCUUCUUUUCCAUUGAAGAACACACAACAGUGCAUGGGUUGGACACCCUCAUACAGCACUAUCGAGGCGACUCCAAUGGUCUCGUCACGCGGCUGUCUGUUGUGUGUAAGGGGCAGCCUCCACCUCACGAGUCACGCACCCAGGGGACCACCAAUCUUUUACACAGAGCGACGGAGGCUGGUGACUACAACAUUGUAUCCCAAAUGCUGGCAGUCGGGUACCACAGCCGCGACGCCAAGAACCAAGAUGGACAGACGGCGGUGCAUAUAGCCGCUAAAGCCGGGCGCGACAAAAUACUCGGGAAACUCAUAGAGAGCGGAGCCACCGUCAACGUGCGGGACUCGUUCGGAUACACGCCUUUACAUUACACUUGCCAGAAUAACCUGCCAAGCACCGCCGAGUUGCUGAUAACGAAGGGCAACGCCAACUACCAGAUGCGGCACGCGCCCACGGGGAAAGUACCUCUACAUGACGCCGCGCAGAGAGGACACAUUGACUGCAUUAAGGUCCUUCUAAAAUUGAAAGCCCCCGCGAACCCGAGGACGUUGCAGCAAGAAACCCCCGCUGAUUUGGCGAAGCACCACGGUCAUACGGAAUGCUAUCAGCUAUUAAAAAACUACAAACCUGAACCACCGCAAACCUCCAAAAGUCAAUGGUACCACGGCACGUUGAGUCGGGACGAAGCCGUACAAACUUUAGAACAGUACUGCAAGCAGAACAACUUGGUAGACAAGGCUACGGACGGGGUGUUCCUAGUGCGGUACAGCGAGCGACACAGCAGCGCCACCUGCGUGCUGACUAUGCUGAGCGAAAACACGCCUUACCACUUCAUCAUAAGGAAGGAGGCGGCGGGCUGGGUGUUCAUCGACGACGGGCCGUACCUGGAGGGCGUGGAGCGGCUGGUGGAGCACUACGGCGCCGUGCCCGACGGGCUGCCCGCGCGCCUGCGCCACCCCGUGCCGCCCAAGCCCAAGCCGCCCUUGCCCGAGUUCUCAACGAUGCCACGUACCAAGAAACCAUCACCGAGUCGAGCAGCCAUGAACCAGACGUUAUCCCUAGUCAAAAACGACAUCUUAAACAAGCAGAUGUCCGAGCCCAGCUCGCCGCCCAACGCCUUCGAGCUGCUCACCAGGAACCUGUCCUUCUCAUCGGACUUCAACAACGACAGCCUCAACAACAACGACACGCUGGAUGACAACGACACGUAUAAAGUGCCCGUUAACAACAGCGCCGUUGUUGUUGGGGAGAACUAUAAUGAGAUAUCGAUUAAUUCCGAUGGCCAGCUUUCCACACUGCAAGAUUUCAUCCCCAUGAGCGAGUUAACGCUAGGAGCGACACUCGGCGAGGGCGAGUUCGGGUCCGUCCUGCGCGCCACGCUCGCCGCCGCGCCGGGCCGCGCCGCCAUGCCCGUAGCUGUCAAGACGUUACAUGUGCAACAUACCGACUCCAACCAACAUGACUUCCUGGCGGAGGCCAAGACGAUGAUGACGCUCCGGCAUCGGUGUAUUGUUCGACUCAUUGGUGUGUCGUUGGGUCCCCCGCUAGCCAUGAUCCAGGAGCUGGUGCCGCUGGGGUCGCUGCUGGAGUACCUGGUGCGGUCGCCGGAGCAGGCGUCGGCCGGCUACGAGCUGCGGCUGUGGGCGUGCCAGGUGGCGGCCGGCAUGCGCUACCUGGAGCGACGCCGCUUCGUGCACCGGGACCUCGCCGCCCGGAAUAUACUGCUGGCCAGCAGACACCAAGCAAAAAUUAGCGACUUCGGUCUAUCACGAGCGCUCUCUAUGGACAGUUCGUACUACAAGGCGAGCCAGGGCGGCAAGUGGCCCAUCAAGUGGUACGCGCCAGAGUCCUACAACUACGGCACCUUCAGCAGCGCCAGCGACGUGUGGAGCUACGGCGUCACGCUGUGGGAGAUGUUCUCGUAUGGCAAGCAGCCGUACGGGGACAUGAGAGGCACCGAGGUUAGUAUUUCAACCCAGAUGUCUAAAAUUUGGCCCAUCAAGUGGUACGCGCCCGAGUCCUACAACUACGGCACCUUCAGCAGCGCCAGCGACGUGUGGAGCUACGGCGUCACGUUGUGGGAGAUGUUCUCGUAUGGCAAGCAGCCGUACGGGGACAUGAGGGGCACCGAGGCAAUACAAAUAGUAGAAAGCGGCGGCCGUCUAGAACGACCCGAAGAAUGUCCGGACGAGAUCUACCAAGUCAUGCUAGACUGCUGGGAGUACAACCCGGACCGACGACCGACGUUCGGCCUGCUCGUCGACGUGUUCUCCCAACACCCCGACUACGUCAACAUCAGCCAGCUAGCCUUAGACAAUGACGAGGUAAACGUCUAACAUCUACUACAAUAUUUGCCUAACACAGCGCUGAGUCUCUUUUGUUCUUUAUGUCGAUAAAAAGAGAUACAAUGCGAAUGUUUGGCAAAUAUUUGUGGAUAUUGUUAUGCCUUUGGCUCAGUAGGGAACUAAUGUAAAGCUAUAGAUGUCAGUGUUAGAAAAUAUGACGAAGAUGAGGACGUAACAGUGAGGUUAAGUGAGAUUUUAACUGAAAUGCACACUGGGAAUAAUGUCUUAACUAUCAGGAAUAACCGCGAUUUCAUUUACAAUUUUUUCACUCGCACUGUACUCAAUAAAGAUCGGUUUUCCUAGGAUAGCGGUGCCGUCAUAUAGCGGCCGUCUCCAUA